CAGGAGUAACAGGUGGACCAGGCUCAACACCCGGAAUAACAGGCGAACCAGGCUCAACACCCGGAGUAGGAGGUUCAACACCAGAAGUGACAACAACACCAAUUCAUCCACCAACAACACCUGGGGGAUGUUAUUACUAUGGACAAUAUUAUCCACCUGGCUCGACUAUUGAAGAAAACCUUUGCUCAGGCGUCUACUGCGACGAGAAUGGCAACAUUCUUAUUGGUGACUUCUUUGACAAACCAGAGUGUAGAGAACCAACAACAACACCUCCGACACCAGAAACCACAACUCCCAAAGGAUGUGAAUAUAAUGGAUUCAGCCACGCUCCUGGUAGCACUAUAGAGGAAGGACCCUGUCAUAUAGUUAUCUGUGACGAGAAUGGACAGAUUAUUAUUGGUGAAGGUACUACACCAAAGGAAGAGACACCAGGACCAACAACACCCGCAGAGACUCCCAGAACACCAACGACUACUCCCAGCAUACCUACUCCCGGAAAAGGAUGUUUUUACGAAAACCAGUACUAUACACCAGGACACAUCAUCGAAGAGGGAGAAUGCCAUGUUGUUUAUUGUGACGAGAAUGGUGAAAUUGUUAUCGGUGACUUCUGGAGCAGACCUGGCUGUAGACCAACCACACCAGGUGCUACAACCACUACACCUGCUACUCCUUCAACAGAGCCAGCAACUACACCAACACCUGCCACAACCCCACCAUCCACCUUUGAACCCAUCUGUGUAGACGGAUGGACAGAGGAGAUGAACGUUGACAAUCCAGACAGUGGGAACGGUGGAGACAUUGAAACCAUUGACGAACUUCGACGAAAAUAUCAAUUCUGUGACGACCAUAUGAUUGAAGAGGUGAAAUGUUACGUAGCAGAUACAAGUUUAGACUACACUUUUAUGGAUCAAGUUGUUAGGUGUGACCUCAACGGUUUAUCAUGCUGGAAUGGUUACCAGUCCAUUGGCGUUUGUUUUGACUACAGCGUCAAAUUCCGAUGUAACUGUGGUCGUACUGAACCUCCUUCAAUACCAACUGAAGGCUUCACCACAGGAGGUACAGGAGUGACCAGUGGAGAGACAACUGCUCCCACGGGACCAACUGGAGCAACACAUGUAACAGGAGGUACUGGUAGCACUGAGGGAGGCACCGGAGCAACAUGGUUGACUGGUGGAACAGCCACUCCAGGCACUGGUACACCCGGAGUGACUGGCACUGCAGGUACAACUCCAGGAUACACAACAGGAGGAACGCCAGGAACACCAAAAGUAUCAACGACAAAAAGAACUGGAACUCCAGGUGAAACAACAGCCCCUAUUGUUGAAACCACUCCCAGCACAGGAGAGAAGACCACCCCAAGCACAGGAGAAACUACACAGGAGACAACACCAGGUACAACUCCAGGAGUAGGAGAAAAGACAACACCAGGUGUAGGAGAAAAGACAACCCCAGGUGUAGGAGAAAGGACAACACCAGGUGUAGGAGAAAGGACAACACCAGGUGUAGGAGAAAAGACAACCCCAGGUGUAGGAGAAAAGACAACACCAGGUGUAGGAGAAGAAACAACUCCAGGUGAAGGAGAAAAGACAACACCAGGUG